AUGCGAGCUGUUGCCCGAUCGUGGAAGCUCCCGGCCCCAGUGCUGCGUAUGGCAACUGCGAGCUCCGUGCCGACCUGGGAGAGUCACUACGUCAACGGCCGGUGGCAACCGUCUGCCUCGGGGAAGUUCUUCGAUGUCACGGACUCCAACACCGGCCAGGUUUGCGCACGGGUGCCGGCCGGAGGCGCUGCGGAGGUGGAUACGGCCGUGGCGGCUGCGCGACACGCGUUUGUGGCUUGGGCUGCCAAGCCGCUAGAGCAGCGCAAGGAAGUCCUGCAGAGAGUGCUGGAGAGAUGGGAGCACAAGAAGGCGGCCGCAGUGCGGUGGCUGCUCAAAGAGCUCGGCUGCAACGUGAAGUUCGCCCGGGCGGUGCAGGUGAUGGCCGUGAACCUGCACCUUGGCACCUGCCUUCAGCUGGUGGACGCCGUGAAGUUCCAGGAAAAGAUGCCGAUGGGCACCCUGGUGCUGCGGGAGCCCAUCGGCGUGGUGGGCUGUAUCACUCCGUGGAAUUACCCGCUGAACCAGAUUGCUGCGAAGAUCUUCCCGGCCAUGUUGGUGGGCUGCACGGUGGUGCUAAAGCCCAGCGAGGUCACCCCCAUGUGCGCCUACCUCCUGGCGGAGGCCAUCCAUGAGGCAGAGGUCCCUGCCGGGGUUUUCAACAUGGUCCUCGGGGACGGUCCCGGCUGCGGAGAGGCCCUUGCUGCCCAUCCAGAUGUGGACCUGGUCAGCUUUACAGGCUCUACCCGCGCCGGUCGGCGGAUCUCGGAGGUGGCGGCUACGACGCUGAAGGUGGUGCGAACGGAGUUGGGAGGCAAGAGCGCGGCACUUCUGCUGGAGGACCAGCCUGUGACAUUUCGCCGAGGCCUGGGCACAAUGUUCGUGGUGAAGCGAGAUGGGACUCAGCAGGAGGUGAAGUUCGAUUCCAUCACCCGGCGCCUGCAGCCUCUUUGCGAGGGCUUGGACAGCAACUACAUCGAGCCUUGGCGAGACCCGGUGCUGGUGACCCAAAAAGUCAUCGAGGGCUUCUACAAUGGCAUCUCCACCGCGGAGGUGGACACCCUCGCGGCGGAGACCUGCGCCUACAUGUCACAGAAGCACCCGGACUUCUCCACUCUGGCGGCGCGCAUCGCCAUCAGCAACCUGCACAAGAACACCUCGGGCUCCUUCAGCGAGACGUGCCGGGUCUUGUACGAGUACAAGGACCAACAGGGGCGCGCGGCCACGCUGUUGGCGGACGACGUGUGGAGCUUCGUUUCCGGAAACGCGGAGGCGUUGGACCGGGCGGUGGACUACAAGCGGGACCUGGGCUACGACUACUUCGGCUUUAAGACCUUGGAGAAGUCCUACCUCCUCCGGGUGCACGGGAAAAUCGUGGAGCGGCCGCAGCACAUGAUCAUGCGCGCCGCCUGUGGCAUCCACUGCGGAGACCUUCCCGCAGCGCUGGAGACCUAUGACCUGAUGUCACGGAAGUUCUUCACCCAUGCCACACCCACGCUCUUCAACGCCGGCACCCCCAAGCCACAGAUGUCCUCCUGCUUCCUGCUGAAGAUGCAGGAUGACAGCAUCGAGGGCAUCUACGACACAUUGAAGCAGUGUGCCCAGAUCUCCAAAUCUGCGGGAGGCAUCGGUGUGGCCAUCUCCAACAUCCGCGCCUCCGGCGCCUACAUCCGGGGCACCAACGGCAAAAGCAACGGGCUGGUGCCAAUGCUGCGGAAUUUCAAUGAAACUGCCCGAUACGUGGACCAGGGUGGGGGCAAGCGCAAGGGCUCCUUUGCCAUGUACUUGGAGCCUUGGCACGCUGACGUCUUCGACUUUUUGGAGCUGCGGAAGAACCACGGCAAGGAGGAGCAGCGGGCGCGGGACCUCUUCCUGGGCCUUUGGAUCCCGGACCUCUUUAUGCAGCGGGUCAAGGAGAACGGGGACUGGACGCUCUUCUGCCCCAACGAGGCCUAUGACCAGGAGACUCAGAAGGGCUUGAUGGACGUGUGGGGCACGGACUUCGAGGCCUUGUACUGCCGCUUGGAGCGGGAGCAGAAGGGCCGCAAGACGGUGAAGGCCCAGCAGCUCUGGUUCCGAAUCUUGGAAGCGCAGAUGGAGACCGGGACGCCCUACAUGCUCUACAAGGACAGCUGCAAUCGCAAGUCCAACCAGCAGAACUUGGGCACCAUCCACUGCUCCAACCUUUGCACUGAGAUCGUGGAGUACACUUCCCCUGAUGAGGUGGCGGUCUGCAACCUGGCAUCCAUCGCUUUGUCCUCCUUCGCGGAUGCGAAGACCAAGUCCUUCGACUUUCAGCACCUCUACCGCGUCACCAAGGUGGUCACCAAGAACCUGAACAAGGUCAUCGACCGGAACUACUACCCGGUGCCGGAGGCGCGGCGCUCCAACCUGCGGCACCGCCCGGUGGGCCUCGGAGUGCAGGGCCUGGCGGACGCCUUCCUGACGCUGAAGCUGCCCUUCGAAAGCCCCGAGGCGAAGCGCCUCAACGAGGAGACCUUCGAGACGAUCUACUUCGCAGCCUGCGAGGCCUCCUGUGAGUUGGCGGAAGCUGAGGGACCCUACGAGACCUACGAGGGAAGCCCCGCCAGCAAGGGCCAGCUGCAGUUCGAUCUCUGGGGCCGCAAGCCCAGCGAACGCUGGGACUGGCAAGGCCUGAAGCAGAAGAUUGCCGUGCAUGGGCUGCGGAACUCUUUGCUGGUGGCACCGAUGCCCACAGCGUCCACUGCUCAAAUCCUGGGGAACAACGAGUCCUUCGAGCCCUACACGCAGAACUUGUACGUACGACGGGUGCUCUCUGGAGAGUUCGUGCAGGUGAACCGGCACCUGCUGCGGGACCUCAUCGCGCGGGACUUGUGGACGGACCAGCUGCGGGUGCAGCUCAUCGCGCACAACGGCUCCGUGCAGCGCUUGGACCUCCCACAGGACCUCAAGGAGCUGUACAAGACGGUCUGGGAGAUCAAGCAAAAGGUGGUGCUCGACAUGGCAGCAGACCGGGGCGCCUACAUCGACCAGAGUCAGUCCUUGAACAUCCACAUGGUGGACGUGACCACCGCAAAGCUGUCCUCCAUGCAUUUCCACGGCUGGCAGUUGGGCCUGAAGACUGGGCUCUACUACCUCCGCACCAAGGCGGCAGCGGACGCCAUCAAGUUCACAGUGGAGGUGGACAAGCUGAAGAGCUCCGAUUCGGAUGGCAGCGUCAGCACCAAAGUCUCAGAGACCAAGACCAUCGAAGCUUUGAAGGCGGAGGGGCCCAAGUACUCCUGCGACGCCGACUUCCCAAAGCUGGUGCCGAAGUUUGUGCGGCAGCUGAUGAGCAACAGUGGCCAGUCCUGCAACGCCUUAAGCCGCAUGCUGGUACCUCAAAGCCGCUACCUGGAGGCCGUGGAGCUCGCCCAGAAGGUGGCAGAGGCUACGGCAGCUGGUCACUCGAGUGAUGAGAAGGCUUCGAUUGGUCCCUUGGUGUCUCAAGAGCACUGGACGCGAGUACAGGGCUACAUUGAGACCGGCAUCAAGGAGGGCGCCCGGCUGGUCACCGGGGGCUUGGGGAAGCCUGAGGGCUUCUCAGAUGGUUUCUUCGCCCGGGGCCCGGGGGGUCGGGGGGAAUCGCUUCAGAUGUCAUCAGCUCAGGAGGGAAUCAUGCAGCUGCAACAGCGAAAGCCACAGUUGUCGCGUUUCCCGCUCGCCGCUCCGGCGAAUGUCUGCGAGCGAGCCCUGGAGAAGUCCUUGCGGCAAGAGCCUCGGGAGGUAGUGGUAGACUAUCAGGCACCUCGUGGGCCGAGAGUCCAGGCGUGCUUUGAGGCCGAGAACCCGGAGAUUCUGAGGAGGAUGCUGGCGAGUAGCUUGCGUGGGGACACGAGGAGCUUGCGUGAGCACCUCGCGGAGGGCGACCUGGAAGGCGAGACCACCUCUUGCAGCGACGAGCUCACCCGUAGUGAGUCGGAGUCGGAGGACACGGAUGAGGCUGGUGAUGAAUCUUCUGAGGAGGGCGAAGACGAACUGAACUGGUGGAACCCCGGAGGCAUGAGCGAUCUGGAAGAUGGCUAUGCGCCAGACUGCCCCUGCGAUUGA